GCUGCUGGCGGCCCCCGCGGCCGGGCGUGCAGCCUUGCAAGAUGUCCGUGCACCGCGGCCGGCCCCCGGCGCGGCCGGGGACCCGCCUCUCCUGGCUGCUGUGCUGCAGCGCCCUGCUGUCCCCAGCCGCGGGCUACGUGAUCGUGAGCUCCGUGUCCUGGGCCGUCACCAACGAGGUGGACGAGGAGCUGGACAGCGCCUCCACUGAGGAGGCGAUGCCCGCCCUGCUGGAGGACUCGGGCAGCAUCUGGCAGCAGAGCUUCCCCGCCUCCGCUCACAAGGAGGACGCGCACCUGCGGCCCCGGGCGGGCGCCGCCGGCGCCAGGCAGCCACCGGCGCCGCCCGGGAUGUUCUCCUACCGGCGCGAGGGCGGUCAGGCGGCCGGUGCGCCCCCGGGCCCUCGACUGCUCGCGGCCACCGCCCGCUCCCUGGCCCACGCCAGCGUCUCAGGCUGCCUGGCCACCGUGUCCGCCCACGAGAAGAUCCAAGGACUGCCGUUUGGGAGCUGCCUGCCCAUCAGUGAUGGCCCCUUCCACAACAGCACUGGGAUUCCUUUCUUCUACAUGACAGCCAAGGAGCCCGUGGUGGCUGAUCUGAUGAAGAACACCAUGGCCUCGCUGAUGCUGCCAGAAUCAGAAGGGGAGUUCUGCAGAAAAAACAUUGUUGACCCGGAAGAUCCCCGAUGUGUCCGGUUAACGCUCACUGGCCGGAUGAUCGCAGUGUCUCCAGAAGAAGUAGAAUUUGCCAAGCAAGCCAUGUUUUCAAGGCACCCAGGGAUGAGGAAGUGGCCUCGUCAAUAUGAAUGGUUCUUUAUGAAGAUGAGGAUAGAACAUAUCUGGCUUCAGAAAUGGUAUGGAGGCGUAUCCAAUAUUUCAAGGGAGGAAUAUUUCAAAGCAGUUCCCAGAAAGGCCUGAUGGAGUAAGAAGAAAGUCCUUGGUGUUUGCACUUGAAUAAAAACCUUUUCAGUGAUGCAGCCAGACAGCCAUUGACCACUGUGUCUUUGUUGAAGGGUUCAUAACAGCCCUGCCAUCCCUGCAGCAGAAUGAGAGAGGGUGAACAGGGAAUUCUAUGCUAGAUUUGAGAUUAAAGUGGUCAUUUGCAGAUCUCCAACUCACACGGAUACUUCACGUAGAUAGUCUUUAUUCCAUUGUAUUCAGUCCAGACUCACCUAUUCAGAAAUCAUAUAAUAGCUGGUGGUCAAAAUGACGUUUUGAGAUCAUUGUUGUUUCACUCUUUAAGAAAAGACAAUGCCUAUACCUACAAUGUGAUUGCUUUGUAUUGUGAGAGUGUCUUUGUUGCUUGCUGUGCCAAAUGCUGUCUUGGUUCUAAGCUCAUCGUGACCACGAAGGAGCUGACUGUGCAUCACGCAGCCACAGUAUUGUUUUUAGGGUGAGGUGGAGGACGGUGUAUCCGUGGAUUACUCCUUCUGCUGGUGGAUUGCAGGUGCAUUAUCAGGUCAUAUUGGCUAGAAGGUACUGGUCACUUAUGCAACUUUUUUCCCACCAUGACAUGAAAGCAGUGUAAGAACACAGGAUGCUUUGUGCACAGCCCUUCUCUACGUAAGCAGCCAUGGCAGUGCGUUAAAGAGAAAGGAGCAGCUUUGACAUUAAGCUCCCCAGAUCCCUGCUGCUCAUACCUCUGGCAAGCGUUCCCCUCUCUCAUGCAUGAACAGGGGCAUCCAAAAUAAGAAGCUCCCCAUUCUGUGGUGGGGAAAGCGGAGAGGGGAGAGGGUGAAGCUGGGAAAGUAAAGGUAACAUGUUACAGAAGGAAGAAAGGAAGCCAGUAACUGAGGGCCCACUGCCUGCCCAGCCGUGGGCUAGGCCCUCAGCAGAAGCCAUCUCAUUUAAGCCCUGCAACCAAUGAGAUGCACGUCAUCAUUGGCUCUCACAGACAAGAAAACUAGACUCAGAGAGGCUGAGUCCACAUCCCAGACAGCUCACUGCAGUCACGGGUGGCUUGGUUCCUAGAAGAUGUCCAGUUUUAACAACAAAAGAGUUAUUGAAAUGCACGGGUAGAAAUUGAACCAGGAAAAUCAGUAAAGUGAUUGUAAAAAAGGACUAGCUUGCCUGGAGAUGAUGUUUCUUGCUUUUGG